AUGAAUUACUUAACAACUAUACAACUACAUGAAUCAAAGAGAAAUGUCAUAAAUGAUAUACAACUAUGGUCUAUGAAUAAAACUUUGAAAUUGCCUAGCAUCACUUCUUGCAACCCAAUAUCCUACAUCAAACACGUUUCAUUGCCAUUGUAUUUAGUAUAUUGUUGUCCAAUAACUGUUUAUACAGAUGAUCCGGAUACAUCUGAUUAUUUCAAAACUAGAUUAGUGGAAACUCCGUUAUCAAAUGGAAAGAGUGGUGUUGGUUUGCUUUGUCAAGUGGAUUCCAACACUUUUUUAGUGUUUUACUACGAAGAUAAUGUCAAGGUGUUGGUUUUGAGUUUUUCCAAAUUCCUUGAAACAUUACCACAGUUGGAUAUUCAAUCGAUUCCUAAGAAUACAUUAUUGGAUUUAAGACCGCCUAAAAGAAUACGAACAAACACAACAAUUAUCGACAAGAUCAUAGAAAAGAAAAAGCAACGACUGAAUCUGUUUAUAGCUAAUCCAAACACAACUAAGGGGAAUACUUCUAGUAGUUCACUGGUAUUAACAAAUCAAGAACAAAUCAAUACUGCAAUUAAUAAAAUAAUAUUUUCUGGGUUACGAAUACGUGGAUUGUCAUCAAACGUUGCAUCUUCUUUGAAUGACAAACUUACAAUUAAGGAAAUCCACCAAAUGACAUUCAAAGCAACACAAUUUGCAUUGAGAAAACACAACUAUAGUUUUAACAAAAGAGAAACAAAGAAGCCACUACGAUUGAAUGAUUUACAAGAUAUUAUUGAAAAUCUAUUACAACUAUUUGUUGAUGUUGAAUAG